UCGUGCGGCGCUCACACAAUUUCGGCAAUUCAUUCGUCUGUUAACCGUCUGUGGCGUUGCCACGUCGUUGUCUCGUUGUCGUUCUAGUCGAACGUUGACGUUCUCAUUCGCAUUCGUAUGUUGAGAGGAAGUGGGCGCGCGACAGCGGCAGCAGCAUCAGCAUCUGAAGAGCAUUAUCACAACAGUCAGUUGAUAGUCAAAGGGGAAAAUAUUAUUGCAUAUUGUUGCAGCGUUUGCUUUUGCUCAGCAUCAUCAGCAUCAGCAUCAACGGCAACGGUAAACGGUAAAUUGAAAUACUGCGAUAAAUCGAACGCGCGCGUGCCAUUGCGUAUACGCAGCAUUGUGUCUGUCGUCUAGAGUGCGAGUAAUAAUGCCGACGGUCAACGUAGCGCGCGCGUUCCGCUUCCGCCGCUGCAGGGCCAUGAAAUGCAAUUCGCGUCGCGCCAAUUCUCAAAAUGCAAUAAGAAAAUGCUAACACACAAAUGCAGUGCAACAAAAAAUUACAACAAAUGAAAUGAAAUGAAAACAGCCGACGCGACGCAACGCGAAGCGACGUCGAGAGCAGCUGCAGCCGCGAGCAGCCUUCAUAUGAAAUGAAACAACAAACGGGCAAAAUACAACAACAAAAAAAUAAGAGAAAUAAAAUAAAGUACUACGAGUGCUACUACACAGAAUUUGUCUGUCAUUUGUUGUACCAUACACACACACACACACACACGCACACACGAUAGAAACAAACACAUGCAGCUAGAAGUGUAUGAAGAAUCGUACGAGUAAAUGGAAACGCAUAUGAUUGUGGUUUUUAUUUGGUUUUGUUUUGUUUGUGUUUUCGCAUAUUUGCCAUUUUAGUUGCCGUAUAGUUUUGUAUAAUAAUAAGUUUUCGCCAUAAAAUGUGUUAUAAAUUUUGUCGCGUAAAUAUCAAAAGAAACGGCGCUCGCCGCACGUACGGACGAUCCAAAUAUGCAAACUAAUAUGCAACAAAAUUGCAUUAAUCGCAAUUGUCACCAGUUAUUUGCAACGAGUGAGUGCAUUGUGCAAAAUGCCACACACACACAAAUACACGCACACGCACACACACACAUACACACACAACAAGCAGCGACGACCGCAACUUGUCAUUAACACCAGCUCCAGAUAAUCCAGAUAACAUCAACAUGGCAUCGCAUGCAAGCUGAACGAGAGAGUGAGAGAGAGUGAGAGGCAGGCAAAUCAGCGAAUGGUUAGCCGGCCUUAAAACAGUCAAGUCAUAAAGCCAAGAAGCCGUGAACGAGGCACUCAGGUCACAGAGCUCUGCUCUGGUCUCUUCGAGUAGUUCUAGUAGUUAUAAGCCAAGUCACAUUGCUGCGCACACAUUUGUAAUGCCAAACGCCACGGGCGAUGCAAUCAAAGUUGCUUCGACUAAACGACAAAGCGGAAGUGUUGAUAUUGCCGCUGCUCAGCUCAGCCCGGGCGAACGCAACGGAGACGCCACUGGCAGGGGCUGUUGAAAUUGUUGUCGCAUAACGACUUAAGCUGCUCAGCACGCAGCGUCAGCGAUUCCGCCUUGUUCCUCCCCCUCAUUCUUUGCCUGAGGGGGUCACACUUGAAGUCACACACACACACUUGAGGGAUACGAUACACAGGCUACGUUGCUUUGGUUUAGUUCUCUUUAAAGGUCCUUGCCUCUGUGCGAUGCCAUGCUUGAAGAGUCUUUACUUUGUUUACUUAUGCCGUCUAUUUAUUUUCUAUUUAUUCGAUUUGCAUUUCAAUCUGCCAGCGUCUGCGCUCGCAAGCUCUAUCUAUCUAUCGAAACUCUCAAGAUUUAACAUGCAAAUUGUGUGCUGAAUCUUUUAGAGUCAUGUGUGUGUGUUUUUGUGAGUGUGUGACUUGCACACAAUUCCAUUAAAGAUUUUUCGGCUUUGGCAUUUCAAAUGGUUUUGUGCCACUCAAAUAAUUUUUGACUUGACUGUGCCUCAAACUCAGCUUGAUGCUUUCAUCGAUAAUAUAUAAUUAAAUGUUGCUCAAUUUGGACUAGCGCCAGGGCGUGGCAAAUGGCAACCUAAAAUUGAAGCAGCAAUUACAACCACGUGUCCGUAUGGUUUGCCUCAUUUACAGCCUGCAAAAAAAAAUAAAAAAUAAAAAACGAAAAAAAAAAAACUUUCCUGACACUCGGCAUAAUUAACACGGAUGAAAUCGAAGCACGCAAAAACCGAAACGCAAAAGUCAGAAACAGAAAAAGAUCUUAAAAUGUGUCAUCUGAGUAAAUCCAAAAAUGAAAUACCCCUACGCAACUGGGUGUCGUCUAAUUUAAAGCUCGUGGCCGCCAAAAUGCGAGUGGCCAAUUUGUUGUAUACAACAACAACAACAACAACUACAAUAAUGACAACAACGACAAUGUGAACUGUGACUAAAAACAACAACAUCAAAAAGGCGGUCACAACGAACGAACGAACGCUGAAAGCGUGUGCGAACAUGAAAAUAAAACAUCAUCAGGAAAUUAAUUCACAAAAAAAGAAAUAUAAAUAUUAAUGUUCAUAUACAUAGAAGAGCAGAAUAUAGAAUAUAUAGCAUAAAGACACAGUGACAGCAGCGCAGCAGAGGAAAAAAAAUACACACUUACAGACAUACAAAAUAAUAAUAAUGGCAUUAGGACGUUUUUUCCGCAACUUAGUUGCGCGAGCGGUCAAAGCGAAGGGCAAAGAAGAGAGCAGGGGGGAGGAUAGCAAAACAGGAGAAAUUGGGAGCACAUACAAAACUACUAUAUGUACAUACAUAAGCUAGAAGAUUUUUGAAGCGAGCAAUAUCGAGAGAGAGCGAGUGACAUUCUUUCGCACAGCUGUCGUCACAUAAAUCAUUAGCAACUAAAACAGGGUGCGACCCUUGAACCCGACUAACAAGUUAGAAAGUUACAUUCGAGUGUGCUCGACAGUAAGAUACGCAUUUUUUGAUAAAAGCAAAAUAGUACAUAAAAUAUACCAAACAAUCUAAAAUAUACCAAAUGUGAUAUUUAGUAUAUCGCUAUUGGCAACUAACCAAAUUAAUACACCGAGCUAAAAUACCAAAAUUACUAAAAUAUACCAAAGAUUGCAUUUUAUAUAUCGUUCAGAUAGACCAGAUUGCCAGCCAAAAUAACUAACAAUCGAUAGCAACAACCGUUUUUUGCCAUAUAAAAUUAUUUCAUAAAUAACUUUUACAAUUUUUAUCCAAUAGCAACUCAAUUUUCGGAAAUCAUAAAUACAGUAGUUAUUAUCGUGACUCUAGCUUCAAAAUUACACCUCAAAUAAAUCACCCUGUAUUGAGGUAAACACGUGGAGAGAGUCGACAAAUUAGUUCGAAGAUUGAUUAUAUUCUAAAUAGAUUGUAAAAUUGUGCUUAUUUAGUGGGGGUUACGUAGACACCCUAUAAUUCUAGUUGCUCGCUGCUUCACCAAUAACCCACAAAAACCAAAAACCAAAAUACGAAAAAAACUACUUAAAGCAGAAGGAACAGCUAAAUUUCGACGUCAGCAAAUAAACAAAUAUUGACUAAAAUCAAUACGAAAUGAGAAGCAGCCGCAAGCAAUGAUACUUAUGAUAUAAUGGGAAAAACAUAUGAAAAUCGAACGUAUGAUUUUCCAUGCUUUUGCCCGCCCCUUUUUACCCUACAUUGGUUUUUGUUUUAUUUUUUUUUGUAUUGCAAUAAUUUAGUUUUUAUGGCUCAAACAACAGCAGCAAAAACAUCGAAAAUAUUUUCAGUUAGUGGAAUAUAAAUGUGAAAACCACUUGCACGAACUAAUACUAAAAAUAAAUUAAAGACAUGAAAUGGUAAAAAUAAAACUAAAAGCAUACUGAAACGUUGUGGCAGCAGUAGCAACAAGAACACCAGCAGCAGCUAAGCGACGCGGUCUUCGCUGUAGCCGCAAAAAAGAAAAAAAAUACAAAUACAAAAAAUGAACAAAAUUAAAACGCAGCCGCUUGGAGAAAGAAAAAACCCAAUCAACGGGCAAACAACAACAAUAAUAACAACAACUGGAACUACAACAAUAACAACGCGAAAUUUAGAAGAAGAAAAAAACAGAAGCCGCAUAGGAAAACGACAACAAGUCCAGCAGCGGCAGCGACGUCGCCUCCAUAAUAACAUUAUCAUUAACAACAGCAGCAGCAGCAGCAGAAGCAGCAGUCGAAGCAGCAGCUAAGCGAGUGGGCGUCAGUUUUUGGGGACUGGCAAGGACAGCGCGACGUUGACGUCUCUGCCUCUGCCUCCGCCUCCGCCUCCGUUUUGCUUUCUUCGUCUCUCUGGCAUCGCACGGUGCGCGGGCAACAUUGGCGAAUCAAUUUCCCGUUGCGGUGGCCGUUUCAGUUUUGGUUUCAACGUCGCUAGCGCCACGCGUGUCGCGAAUCCCUAAUGGCGCUCCUCCUUCACGUCUCCACCGUCUUCAUCGCCGUUGUCGUCGGUAACUGUCGAGAAAAUUAACGCAAGAUCAAGCGAAACCAAGACCGAGAAACCCUUAAACGUGGCCGUGGCCGUGAGAGUUGCGCAAGUUAAGCAAACAGCCAGAAAACAAAUAAACCAAAAAAAAAAUAUAUAUAGAAAAAAAGCGCAAAAUAGUAAAAGAUAAAAGUGAGAGCAAGAAAAGUUAGUGUUCAAGUCCGUGCCACGAGUGAAAGUCUAGCCAAGUGGCAGUCAUGCAGUGCUUGGAGCUCAGCCAGUUGCCCGCGUUGCCAACCGCAGCGGCAACGACAACAAUGCGGCACAGAACAAGCGCCACAAGGAUACGCAAAAGACUUGGCUGCCGUCGCUGUCGACCAGCCGAAGCAGACACACAAACAGAGGAGACACAUGGCAGUGGAAGUGGUAGUGGAAAGCGUACAACGACUACAGCAAGCAAUCCCAGUCUCAAUCUGAGGCUGAUCGGCACGGCGGCUGCACUUACUGCAGCUGCUUUGCUGCAUACAACGAAUGCGCUGUCCGCAACAUCGUUCGGUGUUGCCGACCCCGUCGCACUGCCCCUGCAAGGCACUGCCACGCCCACGCCAACGACAUUGCCCAUGCCAGCGCCCGCCACAUACGAACUAAACACAUCAUCACCGCUAAGCAGCACAGCGGUCAGCGUCGCAGCAAACAGCAGUCUAGCGCAGCAGGAUGCUGACUGUAAGUCGGCAGUUGACUUCGAGGAUUGGUUCGAUGGCGUCUUUUGGGUGCUCAAGGCAUUCGUGAUGCUGUUCAUCAUCAUUGCGGCCAUCUGUGGCAAUCUGCUUGUUAUUAUUUCUGUGAUGCGUGUUAGAAAAUUAAGAGUUAUAACGAAUUACUUUGUAGUUUCCUUAGCCAUGGCUGAUAUAAUGGUCGCUAUUAUGGCCAUGACAUUUAACUUUAGUGUGCAAGUAACUGGGUGCUGGAACUUUAGCCCAUUUCUGUGCGAUCUGUGGAACAGUUUGGAUGUGUACUUCUCAACAGCAAGCAUUUUGCAUUUAUGCUGCAUAUCUGUGGAUAGAUACUAUGCGAUUGUUAAGCCGCUCAAGUAUCCGAUUUGCAUGACAAAACGUGUGGUUGGCAUUAUGCUGUUAAACAUAUGGAUACCGCCAGCGUUUCUAUCAUUUCUGCCCAUUUUCAUGGGCUGGUACACAACCGAUGAGCACAAGAUCUAUGUUCUAGAGAACAGCACUCAAUGCACAUUUGUGGUUAACAAGUACUAUGCCAUCAUCUCGAGCUCGAUAUCGUUCUGGAUACCGUGUACCAUCAUGAUUUUCACCUAUCUGGCAAUUUUCCGUGAGGCCAAUCGCCAGGAGAAGCAGCUGAUGAUGCGUCAUGGUAAUGCCAUGUUAAUGCAUCGACCCUCAAUGCAGCCAUCAGGCGAGGCGCUGAGUGGCUCGGGCUCAUCGAAAACGUUGACACUGCAUGAGGUCGAGCAGGAGCACACCCCGACAAAGGACAAACAUUUAAUCAAAAUGAAGCGGGAGCACAAGGCCGCACGCACCCUCGGCAUCAUCAUGGGCACCUUUAUACUCUGCUGGCUGCCAUUCUUCUCAUGGUAUACGCUCUCCAUGACUUGCGGCCCGUGUCAGGUGCCCGACAUUGUGGUAUCUAUACUCUUCUGGAUUGGCUACUUCAACUCCACACUCAAUCCACUUAUUUACGCCUACUUCAAUCGGGAUUUCCGAGAGGCGUUCCGCAACACACUGCUCUGUCUGUUCUGCAAUUGGUGGAAGGAUCGCCACAUGCCGCUCGACAUUGACAUUCGACGCUCGAGUCUGCGCUACGAUCAGCGGGCCAAGAGCGUGUACUCGGAGAGCUAUCUGAACUCGACCACACCAUCGCAUCGCCGUCAGUCUCAGCUGCCUGAGAACUUAUAAUACAGGGACGAGGCGCUGCUGACGCCGAUUGCCCAGCAGCAGCAGAGAUUGGCAGCCGGCGGCUAUGGUGCCCCAGGUGCUGGACUUGGCGCUAGCGGCGGCGGCGGCGGGGGACUUGGCGUUGGAGCCAGAGGAGCAGGUGGCGCCGCAGCCAAGCCGAAUGUGGGUAACCUAUCAGCCGAGGAUGUGCAGGAGAUACAGAUUGAAAUACCCAUGGAGUAUAUCAACAAAUGGAACAAGAAUAAUAACGCAGCAUCCGCCACAGCCUCCAGUCACGUAUAAGAAACAGAACGAGUUGAGUCGAGCUGAGCUGAGCUGAGCUGAGCUACAACUGAGCUGAACUGAUGACAACGACAAUUCAGAGAGUGGCGAAAGUUGCGUCAAUCGAAUAAAUGCAAUUACAAUUUUCCAUUAAUGUUUCUGUUUCCGUUUUCUUUUUUUUUGUUUUAAAUUAAUAUGCUGCUUGCAUUCACCAUUGUACAUACUAUUUAAGUCAACGUUAUGGAAUCACUCGCCGAGGCGUGCUAUUUAUUUUGGCCAUCAGUGUACAUAGUGCACAUUAUACUCGUACUCGUUAAAACUUGUUGUCUGUUGUUGUAUUUUAUUAUUUCGUAAUUUAUUAUUUUCCUUUACACUUUACAGAGCUUUAAUUUAAUGCUUGUGACCUUAAAAGAGCACGGCUAAAAAAAACAAAAGUGUAAAAAGAAAAAAUACACUGCAUCAUUUCGUAUUUCGUAUUUAUUAUUUAUUUUAGUUGUGUACUCGAUGUAAAUAUACUUAAUGUGUUUUUUUUUCUUUUGUGUAUAAAUUGUACAAUUAAAUUAUAUUAAGCUCAGGUUGUAAAAACGAACAUUUCUAUGCCUAGCAAAACUCAAAGUCAAAUCUUCAAAUAAGAGUUUGCGACUUCAUUCACAGGGCAAUCAAAACAUUGAGCUAAGCAUGGCAUGAGACAACCAAACCUAAAGAAAAACAGAAUAAACCAAAACUAAAUUUAAAACAAAACAAAAAUUUAACUGUGCCAAUUAAAUAAAAACUAACCAGAAACUAUAGAUAAUGCGAGCGACUUGCAUGAAAAACCAAAAAUAAUAGAAGCUAAAAAAGAGUUUUGGCAAUAUUCGUAAAAUAAACAAACAAAUCAUAGGAAUACAAGCAUAGAUGGCACACGAAAAAAAAAAAAAAAAAAAAAACAAGGAAAAACAACAAUUAAAUUGAUGAAAAUAAGAUUAGAAAUAAAUGUAGUAGAAAUUCGGCAAAAUGAUGCUAUUUGAACGACAAUCGCAUGCAAUAAGAAUGCUCAACAAAUAUGAAUAUAAAUCAUAGAACAUUUCAUAGUUAAACCAAAAAAUAACGAAAAGAAAUACAAAAUAGAAACCAUAAAUUUAUAGAGUUUAAAACUGUGGCAGACAAAAUCAAAAGUAAUCUAGUGAAAUUUAAAAGUAAAGUAAACGCUAUUCUAGUUCAAAUGCAUCGAUAUUGAUAUUUUGUUUCGGAUAUUGAUAUCGAUAGUUAUGGUUAAUUGCAAAGAGCAAAGUGUAUUUGUGCUAACUUUAAAUUAAUGUGCAGAGUGUUAAAUGUGCAAUUUAUCUGCGUUUGUGUGUGUGUGUGUGCUAAACUGUGCGUAUUGAAUAUCAUCGUCAAGGCAAAAGGCAAAUGCGUUGCAGUUCCUGGAAUUAAGUUGACUGUGUAGCCUGUAAGAGGAAGGCUUGUGCGUUGCUUCCAAAGUCAGCAACUUGAUUCCAGCAAUUGCGGCCCAAGCUCAACAUUGAAACAGUGAAUCUGAAUACUAUGAAUACGAAUACAAUUUAAACUCUCGCAUCAUUUGAAUAUAAAAUGUACGGCAUUACACUCGCUCCUUUGUUAUUCAAAUUGUGAAUAAAAUAACCAAACCGAAAUAACAACAACAAAUCGAAACUAAAAGCCAAGCAACAUUUCGCCAUUGUAUUUAGUAUUUAUGGCCACUAUUCUUGUUAUUAUUAUUACUACCACUACUCUUGUUGCUAUUAUAAUUUGGAAAACACUUAAAUUGAACAAACUGGAAUCCAAACAAAAAUGAAGCUUCUUAUUGUUCGAGCAUAAAAUGCGAAUAUAAAUGAAACAUGUAAAUUAUUUAUGUUGAAAGCCACAAGAAUUCUGUUGUUUGCUUCGAUACUAGUCCAAAAACCCCCCAAACCCCACCCGCAACCAAACAAAGAAGCAGGUGAAUAGAAAGCAGAAGGCAAAGAAAGGAGAACCCACAAAAAUGCAAGGCAAUAUAUAUUAAUAAAAUAGCCAAAGCUCUUUAUGUGUACACUAGUAACAUGUAUUCAUAGGCAUCAAAAUGUAAAUGCAUAUUGUAUAAUAGUUGUAUGAUUUUCCUUACAAAUAAAUGAGAGGAUAGAUGAAGGGCAUAACGAAUAAUGAUGAAUGCUACAAACUCCAAAGAACUUGUUAUAUUUUUAUAAACAAAAAUAAAAAAGCUAAACUAGUUUAUACAUAUAUGACUAUAGUA